CCGCCACCGCCACCGCCGCCGCCGCCACCGCCGCCACCGCCGCUGCCGCCAGAGAGGAGCAUGUCUGCAACUCGAGCCAAGAAAGUGAAGAUGGCCACCAAAUCAUGCCCCGAGUGCGACCAACAGGUUCCUGUUGCAUGUAAAUCAUGUCCCUGUGGUUACAUAUUUAUUAGCAGAAAACUUUUAAAUGCAAAACACCCAGAAAAAUCACCAUCUUCUACAGAAAACAAGCAUGAGGCCAAGAGGAGGCGAACAGAGAGAGUUAGGCGAGAGAAGAUAAAUUCUACAGUAAAUAAGGAUUUAGAAAACAGAAAGAGGUCUCGAAGUAACAGCCAUUCAGAUCAUAUCAGACGAGGAAGAGGAAGACCUAAAAGUGCAUCUGCCAAAAAACAUGAGGAAGAAAGAGAGAAACAGGAAAAGGAAAUUGACAUCUAUGCUAACCUCUCUGAUGAAAAGGCUUUCGUGUUUUCAGUCGCCUUGGCAGAAAUAAAUAGAAAAAUUAUUAAUCAAAGACUUAUUCUCUGAUAUUUGUCUGCAAAAUGUGUUGAAACUUUCUUCAGGAUUACAUCAGCAAAUUCUCAAACAGUUAUGAACUCCCAGGAGCAUUCUGACUGCAUCAAUAAGGGCCAUUGAUUGUUUUUUUUUUUUCUUUAUCAUUUAGCCUGUGGCACACUUUGGGAGCAAAGCUGCAGGCUUGGACUGUUCUGGGAUUUCCUUGUUUACCAAGGAGUAUUGUCAGUGUUUUGUGUUUGGGAUAUAGUGUAUUAACCACCCCCCAUCCCCCCCUGCUGAAAAAAAGAAAAAAAGCUGGAUGGCUUUUACAGGAUUAAGGGGUAGGGUUGGGAGUGGAAGUAAGAAAACUAGAGAAAUAAAAUGCUGGUUUGCAGGUUUGACACCAGGGAUGCAAUAUUUUAAAUACUUUGAAAAAGAGUGACUUAAAAAUAUAUAUUUCAGAUUUUCAGCACUAACAUUGCAUAUUUGCAGUUCAUUUAGUAAAUUGGCAAUUGAUAUUUUAUUGAUUGGGGAAUUAAUAAUAUAAACUGUAAAUUUUGUCUUAAAUUGAUUUUUUUCU